UUAUAUAUGUAAAUACAUAAGCGAUUUCUAUAAAAUGCAAUUUACCGUGUAUUUACUUGAAAUAAUAUACACCAAUAGUUUCAAACUUCAUUUAUACUUCUCAGAUUUAUAUUUUCAGUGGCGCCAAUUUGGUGCAACUGUGUCCACUUUUGGUACUAAAAUAUUGAAUCCUUUCCUCUGCUAUCAUCCGACACAACAUCUAUUCAAAAAGAUACGUUCAUUUAAUGACGAAAAUCAUGUACCUGUAGUACAAGACGACAAAAGUUCGAAAUAUCUUAGUACGAAAUUAAUUCUACUUUUCGUAUCGUCAAGUAACGCUACAUCUAUUAAACAUGGAUAAAAGAAAAAUGUCGACAGCAGGGGAUUCCCUGUAUCAAAUAUUAGAAAUUCCAAAAACUGCCACCCCUGAAGAAAUUAAAAGGACUUAUAGAAAGUUAGCAUUAAAGUAUCAUCCUGAUAAAAAUCCAAAUAAUCCAGAAGCAGCAGAAAAGUUUAAAGAAAUAAAUAGAGCACAUGCCAUAUUAACAGAUUUAACUAAGAGAAAUAUAUAUGACAAUUAUGGAUCACUUGGAUUGUAUGUAGCUGAGCAAUUUGGUGAAGAAAAUGUUAAUGCAUACUUUGUAGUCACUUCUGGUUGGUGCAAGGCACUCUUCAUAUUUUGUAGUUUGAUAACUGCAUGUUAUUGUUGUUGUUGCUGCUGCUGUUGUUGCAACUUUUGCUGUGGCAAAUUUAAACCAACACCGCCAGAAGAUAGUGGGGCAUAUCACAAUUUACAGGUAAUUACAUUUUUUCCAUUAUUUAUUAAAAUAUAAAAUAUUUUAUGGUACGAACAAUUAUAUAUAUUGUUUAUCCAAAAUGAAAUUCAGUUCCAACUAAUUAUUAAAUAUUAUUUAUAGUUUAUAUUAUUACACAUUUACUAGGAAUAUAUAAUAAAAUUCAAAAAAAGGAAAGAAAUUUUUUAAAUUUUCAAUAUAAUCAAAGUUGUUAAUAAAUCAAUAUUUUAUAUUUUAUGAUAUACUUAUAUAUUUUGUGUUAUACUUUUUUCUUAUUAUUUAAAAUUAAAUAUUUGAAGAUAAAUUACUUUAUAUUAACUAAAUUAAUCGAUAAUCAAAAUAAAAACUAUAAUUUUUUAAUUAAAACAUUUUUAACGUGCUUUGAUUUAAAAGAAUACAUAAAAACAUAAAUUCUAUUAUAUACAUAAAAAUAUUAAAUAUUUUCGAUAUUUUAAGAAUAAUUAAAUUUUGUACUUCAUAUUAUUUUCAAUUUUUUGUGUUUCAAUGAUUUGCAAAAUUGAUAUAAACUUCCACAAUUUAUUUUGUAAAUAUUUAUAUAAAAAUUAUAUUUAUUGAAUUACAUAAAAUAUAAGAAUAUAAAUUAUAUAUAUAUAUAUAUAUCAAUUAAAAAAAUAAUGAUAACAUAUAAAUAUAGUAAAAUUAUCUUGUUACUAUGAUCAAAUAUUCUAAAGAAAAUUAAUUUUUAUUGAUUGCAUUUCAUCUUUGAUGUGAUAUUCUAAAUAUAAAUCUUAAAUAUAAAUUUUUGUUUAGAAAAUGACAAAUUUAGAUAAAACUCAGUGAUAAAUUACAUAAUGAUGGAAUGUUGAUAAAAUAUAUCAGAAUAAAUCAUUUUCAAAACAAAGAAUUAAAAUAUAUUUGUAAAUAAAAUCAAAAUACUCAUAAUUUGAAAUAUUUAAUGUAUUAAACAUAAAUCUGAAUCUAAUGUUUUGUCAACAUUCUUUGACUAUAACGAAAAGAACUUCAGAUAAAUGUUAUUAAAUAUAAUGAGAAAAAUUUUUUAAAAAUCUAUUAUAUAGCAAAUACUAAUUGUUUCCAUUUAAUUUGCAAAAAAAGUGAAUUGAUAAUAUUUUGAAAUAUUAGUUUAUGAGACUUUUUUUAUUUUACAUAAUGUAUUCAGUAUAUAAGUAAGCUGCAUUUUUUCAAUUAUUCUUAAACAUAAUAAUGUACUAAGCUUAAAAUGAUUAAAAUAAUUAAUAUUUUAUGAUCAUCAAAGAUAUGAAAAUUUUUUACUAUAAUAAUUGUGAUACAUAGAAGUACAAAGUAUACAUAGUUUUUUUUGUAAAUACAGAAGAACUGUUAAAAUUUUUAAAAAAUAUAUUAAAUACAAUAUAUUAAAUUAUAAAAAUAUAUUAAGUACAAUAUAUUAAAUUGUAUUAAAUACUAUAUAUUAAAAACAAUAUGUAGAGAAACAGAUAUCUACAUUGCUUUAUUUUGCAAAUCUAAAUUUAGUUGAAAAUCAACAAAAAAAAUGUUUUUAAUAACUGUAAAGCAUAAUUUUGAUAAUUUAUUUUAUGAUCUAAUAAUAAGAUCUUUGAAGGUGAUCUACAGUAUGCCCUGUUUAUCCGCGUAAACGAUACUAUAUCUUUAAUCAUUAAAUAUAUGAAUAAAUGUUUCAUAUGAAAGUUGUUUGACUUUAUAGGAGGAAUUCUUUAAUAGUUAAAUUUUUGUCAAAUUUUUCCAGUCAGAAAUGAACGAAUACUUUUUUCUUUACAUAAAUUCAUUUCCUAAAGUUAUUUUAUGUAUUCAGUGGUAUAAGAAGUAUUUUUGCUGAGAUAGGAGUAAAAAAGUAGAAGAUUAUUCUGUUUUAAAUAUUGAAAAGGUAAUUAAAAAUGCAUUGUAUAUGAUAUAUUUUAAAAUAAGGCACAAUACACAGUUCUACGUUGCAAUUGCACAUAUAUCUUGUUUCGUUUCUUUGAUUUCGCAUUUCGUUUGAAAGAGUAUAUAAUCCACUACGGUAUAUCUUUUUUCUUUUUCGGUGGCACAAAAUUUAGAAUAUUUUUCUAUCAAUCUUAAAGGUCCAUUACUAGGAUGUCCUAUUUUUUUAUUUGGUGUUUAGUAUUUUCUAAUUUUUUAUACAAAUUUUUUUCUGUUCACCAUUUUUUUAAAUAUAAAAUAAAUGAAUUUCAAGUUGAUAUAUCUAGUAUAUGAUGGAACAUAUUUUUCCUUUUACAUUUUCCUCUCCUUUCCCUUGUUGUUGAUUGGUCGAUUAGAUCAACACCACAGUUUCGUUAUAAUCAACAACAUAUGAUUUUCGUAUUACCAUAAUUGUCAACUUUACUAGUUAUGACAGAACUGUGAAUAGCUAAUAAUAUGUCAACUUGUCAAUUAUUCUUUUUUUUUUCAAAAUACUAUUCAUAAUUUUGAAUUCCAUAAUUCUUUUCUAUUAAAUUAUAAUGUUCCAUAUGGAUUAAUAUUCUAUUUCAAAAAAAAUUCUAUAAGUUCUAUCAAAGUAUAAAAAUUGUCUAUUGUAAGACAGUAUUUUUCUUCAUUUCUAAUUAUAGAAAUUUCAAUGCCAACAUAAAAAUCUUUACAGAUACAUAUCUAUUUCUAUUAUUGCUAAUUUAUUAAAUUAUCGAAUUUACAAAAGGAAUUCGAUAAUGCGUAUAACAAUUAAAUAUAUUUGAAUGAUAAUUUAUCUAUUAAUACCUAAUUGACUAUUUUAUGGAUAAAACAAUUGAAUAUUAGACUGACAUGUAUGAAUUCAAUGUAAAUAUUUUUAGAACUAAAAUCAUUUUUCAUAGAAUUUGGUAUACAGAGAAAAAAAAAGAAAUCAUAUUAUUUUAUGAUAAAAAAUAGUGUAAAUAAAUGAUAUUAAAACAGAAGUCUAAUAUUUUUAUAAUUAUUCUAUGUUAUAAAAAUAUAUAAUAAUUUAUAUAUAUUAAUUUUAUAUAAUAAUUUUGUAUUGAUCAAAUUUAAAUCUUAAAUAUAGAAAACUUGUCAAAUCUUUCCUUUUUUUAUAAUAGUUUAGUUUUUUUAUUAUAUAAAAAGGAAAUUAUUCAGAAAAUUUGAAACGUUAGUUUUAUUAAUAUUUAUCUCUUUAUGUUUAUCUUGAAUAUUUUAUUUUAAUUAUUAAUUUUUUCUCUUUCAUCUUUUUAUUACUGUAUAGUGAAAAGUAUUGAAAUAAUAUUAAAUAAAUUUGAUUGCUCGUCAUCUUUUUCACUUUUCAAGAGGGUAUUCUGGACUAAAAAUUGAUGUCUUGUUUGUAAAAAUAAGAUAAAUAUAUAUCAACAUUAUUUUUGAGUAAAAAAAAAAUCCACUAUAUUGUCUUAAACUGAUAAAUUAGUUAUCAUUAUAAGUAGUUUAAUUUAAUUAACUGAUUAUUUAGUUUAAUUAACAUAAUAUUAUAUUUCUAAAAAUAAUAUAAUCUUAUAUUUUUAAAUAUUAAAAUUAUAAUUAUGUUUAAAGCUGUUAAAUCUAUUGACUCUAAAUAAAAAAUUAAAACAAUGCGUUUUACAUUGCAUUGAUGUAACAUUAUAAUUGUGCAAUAACGUGUUUUACAAUUAAAAAGUAAUAAAAUAUGUAAGCAUGGAUUUGAAUAAUCCAAAGAAUGCAAUGUGGACCCAUACAAAUUUUGAUCAUGAUAUAUAAUUAUUGUUAUAUUAACAUUUAAUGAUCUUGCUAUGAAUUAAAAAAUUGAUUAAAUAUCCAUCAUCUUGUUAUAAUUAAAAAGAGUUACAUCUGUGCGUGUAAUAAAUAUUCUUAAACAUUAAGAAUAAUAAGAAGUUCAAAUACAUUCUUGCUGAUUUUUAAGCAGUGAAUAAUAUACAAAUACAUAUAUGCAUUUACACUUCAUAACAUUUCUCUUUACACAAUUUAUUAACAUCCUUUUUAAUAGUCCUUUCAUAUUACAAAGAAAGAAUUACUUUCGAUAGUUGCAAUGGCUAUUUACGAUUAUUUAAUUAAUCUUUAUGGUAGAAUACGUAUUUGAUCUGAAAUUUAGUUGAUCAUUUGAAUUUAGUGCUGUAAUAUGAAAACAGAAAAGUUUAUUUAAUUUACAUAAUUUAUUUGAAAUUCAAAUGUUGUGGACAUGUUUAUAAAAAUAUAAUACAUGAAACAUUUCUAGAAAUUAUGAAGGCAUAUUAUAUUCAAUAUUAUUGUUUAUACGUAUUAUAAGUAAUGUCGUUUUUUAAAAUGGUUUUCUUUCUCAUGAAACAGCCGUCGUCCUUGAAUAAUUUAUGUUUUCAGGAAAAAUGAUUGUACAUUGUUUUUGCUAAAGUUUUUGUUAAAUAAAAAAAUUUUGCAAUAUGAAAACUGAUAUCAGGUAGAAAGAAUAGAUAUUCUAAAAAGGACUUUUUGAUAAUUGAUUCUGGCAAUUAUUCCAGCAAAAUUGCGUGUAAUUUAUUUAGUUAUUAGCGUUCAAAUUACAAUUUAAUUCCAUUUCAUAUUCUCUGUUGAAAUAUAUUGUUUCUGUAGCAGUUUUCAGAGAAAAUUUUUGCAUGAAUUUUCUGCACGAGAUCAAAUGUUAUAAUUUUUUAUGUUGAAGAUUUGUACAGUAAGAAUUAUACAGUAUUCAUUAUUUACACUUGGCAGAAAGAUUAAUUAUUUUAUUUUGAUAAUUAGAAGUAUGAAAAUUAAAUACAUAACGCAUGUAUUAUAUAGUUGUACUUCUUUUUAUGGAAGUAUUUCUUUUUAUAGAUUAAAUCACAUUAUUAAGUUUAUUUAUUAUUAUUUAAGUUAACAAAGAUAAUGUUAGAAUGAUGAAAAAAUGAUUAGGAUAUUUUAAAAAAUGAUUGUAGGAUAUUUUAACUAAAAAAAAAAGUUUUAAUCAAGAAAGUGGUAUAAGUAAUUAUGAAAUGGUUGCAUUUGUGGAAAAAAUAGAUAUUGUUAUACGUUUUGAAAUGUAAAUUAAAUUAUUCACAUUUUUUCCCUAAAAGUUUGUAUUUGCUAUAAGAAAAGAGAUCUUGUAUAAUAAAGUUUGAGGGAAGCUUAUUUUCUUCACUUUUUCUAUUUUGCGUUUUUUUUUUUCUUUUUUUUUCUUUUUUUUUCCUCUAGUAUACUUAAUUCUGUUUUCACACGAUAAAUCUCGGAGAAAUGCGCGUAAGAAAAAGUAGAAUAUUGAUUCCAGACCUAAAAAAUCGAUAAAAUUAUAUACUUAUAUUUUUAUUUAUAUAGUUAUAUUCUUAG